UUCUAAAAAUCGGAUAAACUUACAAGAGAAAGAUUGAAAUUUUCAUAUUUUGCAGUAUUCUUGGCUCAAUUAACUUAUACUAAUUAAACCAACAAAUUUUGCAAAUUUUAUUGAAUAGCGUCACGCUGUUGUUUGUAUUAAAACACUUGUAUAUUACGCUUAAAUUGUGUAUAUGAAAUUAUUUUGCAAUUAAUGGGUUAAUUGAGAAGUUGCUGCAAUUAAUUUGCAAAUAUGCAUAUCAUAAAUAUCACGAUUUAAUCAACAUGGCCUAAUUAAAAUAAUUUAAAGAUCAAUUGUUACAGAAUUUAAAAGAAAAGAGAUGAGUAUAAUCUUCGUUGAAUACUAAGAUAUGACGACGAUAAUAAUUAUCAAUCGAUGUCAAGUUCAAGUGCGACUUGCUUGGUUAGUCAUGUAACAGUCCCACUGUGUGACGCAGCGAAAUAAUUUGCGCUCCACGCGCGUGCCAUUUUUCGCAUUUUAAAGACAUAUAUCGGUUUUGCCCCACUCGGCUUUUCCCCUCUACUUUGCAAGCACAGCGUGAAUGCGAUCUUUGGGCGAAGGAUAAAAUCAUUCUACGGACAGUACGGACGACAAUCGAGCGUUCGACAGUAGCCCUGGCGAUCACUUUAAGCGGCAUGCUCGCACUACUGAUCGUCGUCCUCGCGCUCCAAUACGGUGCCAAUCAAGCCGAGGAGUAUACUUCUCUUUGGCACUACAAGUGCGAUGGCGGCCUAUGUAAGAAGGUAUUGAUAACGGAAGAGGACACCAACCCGGUCGCUCUUAGCGUAUGCCAAUUGUCAUGCGGCCAAGGUGGUGCCCUGUGGCCGAAGCCGACAGGACAUAUGUCCAUCGGCAAGAGCGUGGUGCAGCUUAAUCCUGAGAGCAUCACACUCGCCGGAAUUUCCACUCAGACAGCGGUGGGCAAUCUGCUUCAGACGAACGUGGUUCGUAUGAAAGAGAACGCGAAGAAGCUCGGUGGUUCCCUAACUUUGAACGCUGGUGGAACCGGGCUGGUGAUACGUUUUAGAGAAGGACUCAAUCUCGACAAUGCCAAACUGACCUUGGAAACGGACGAGAGGUACACUCUCCAAGUUGCUACAGUCGACGGACAGGUGGAAGCUUAUAUUACGGCGAACACGUACUUCGGAGCUCGACACGCAUUGGAGACCCUCAGCCAACUGAUCGUCUUCGACGAUUUGCGCAAUCAAGUUCGAAUAUCCAACGAGACACAUAUUAUAGAUGGCCCGAAGUAUCCCUAUCGCGGAAUCCUUUUGGACACUAGCCGAAACUAUGUCGACAAGGAGACGAUUCUGCGGACGAUCGACGGUAUGGCCAUGUCCAAGCUGAACACAUUCCACUGGCAUAUCACCGAUUCCCAGAGCUUCCCCUAUGUUAGCAAAACAUGGCCUGAUUUCGCCAAGCAUGGUAGCUACUCGCCGACCAAGAUCUAUACUCCCGAGACGAUUAGGGAGAUCAUCGAUUACGCCUUGGUUCGCGGUGUCAGAGUCCUGCCAGAGUUUGAUGCACCCGCGCACGUUGGCGAAGGCUGGCAGUGGGUGGGCGACAACGCAACAGUUUGCUUCAAAGCCGAGCCCUGGAAGGACUAUUGCUUAGAGCCGCCGUGCGGUCAGCUGAAUCCUACCAGCGAAAGAAUGUACGAGGUCCUUGAGGGACUUUAUAAGGAUAUGUUGAAAGAUUUCCAACAACCGGACAUCUUCCAUAUGGGCGGUGACGAAGUAAACGUCAACUGCUGGAGAUCCCAAAGCAUUAUCACCGAUUGGAUGCUGAAGAGGGGAUGGGAUCUUAACGAAACCAGUUUCUACCGAUUGUGGGAUUACUUCCAGGACAGAGCUCUGGAGAAGCUGAAGAUUGCCAACGGCGGCAAGAACAUUACGACUGUCCUGUGGACCAGCGGAUUGACGAGCGAGGAGAACAUUGAACAUCUGGAUCCUGCGAAAUAUAUCAUUCAGAUUUGGACGACCAGAGACGACCCAACUAUCGGCAGACUGUUGCGAAACGACUUCAAGAUUAUUUUCUCAAAUUACGAUGCUUUGUACCUUGACUGUGGAUUCGGAGCUUGGAUAGGCGAGGGUAACAAUUGGUGCUCGCCGUACAAGGGUUGGCAAAAGAUCUAUGAAAAUUCUCCAUUAGAGAUGAUCAAGCAACACGGAUAUGGGAAUAAGAAACAUCUUAUUCUAGGUGGAGAAGCAGCGCUUUGGACCGAACAGGCGGGCAGCUCUAAUAUUGAUUCGAGAUUGUGGCCAAGAUCGGCUGCGAUGGCUGAAAGAUUGUGGAGCGAGCCGGAUUCCAAGUGGCAUCAUGCUGAACAGAGAAUAUUGAGGCAUCGCGAGAGACUCGUCGAACGAAAAAUCUACUCGGACAGCUUAACACCUGAGUGGUGCUUGCAGAACCAAGGCUCGUGCUAUUAAACCAUAAACUACGAUGCUAUAAAAACUAUUCUACUUCUAAUGUCAUUGUUUCUAUUUUCUUUACAUCUGAUAUUAAAAUAAUCCAUCAUGUUUCAA